UCACUGCCAUCGCUGGUACCAGAUGCGGUUACGUCCCCGCCAACGACUACGUCGAUACCAGUUUACGAUCCGCCUGAGGAGAACCUCUUCGAUGUUCGUUACAACCAAACCACCAAUCAUAUGUGGACAUUCGCCGAACCUGGGCCCUGGAUCCAAGACAAGGGGUCAAAGAGUAACUUUGUUACAAAAGCGCUCUAUCAGCGUUAUGAUAGCUACGACGCCAAACUGCACACUCCACCCAUAAAAACAGACUUUGAAAAUGCCGAAAGAAGCCUAUUUGUGGCUCUGGAUACGAAGGACAACCGUCUUGGCAAUGACCAAUUUGCAGAAGGUCUCUUUUCCGGCGAUACUCAGAGCGUUUGGCUUAUACAAGAGGACAAGAAGGUGGCCUGUUUCCCGCUAGUUCCCGAUUUAAAAGCAGAACGCACAUAUUUCCGAUCUUGCCUCCUUGAUCCCGAGGAAUGCGACUACGGACUGACUGUGAGUGUGUGGGUAAGGUUCGCCCGAUUGAGUACGGACGCCAGGCAGGUGCUGAUUUCUACUGCCCCUCAUGGCAGCCGCGGGUUCACGCUGGAAGCGAAUCGAAACCGCCUCAUCGCAACAGUUGCCGGGCAAUCACUGACCUGGAAAUGCGCCACCUCGUUUGUGGCGACCAGCCAGAUCUGGUAUAACCUGGGUUUUGCGUGGAAAAGAACAACCGGUGAUACUACUGUGAGUCUUCCCUGGUUAUAA